AUGGGAGAGGACGGGCGGGGAGUCACUACGGCCACGCCGGCCACUUGGGCUGCGCUGCUUCUCUGUGUGAUUACUUCUGUGUGCGCAGUGGAAGAGACAGUGAUGGAUACAAGGACAGCGACGGCUGAGCUCGGCUGGAUAUCGUUCCCUGCCAAUGGAUGGGAGGAGGUGAGCGGAUAUGAUGAGAACCUCAACACCAUCAGGACGUACCAGGUGUGCAACGUGUUUGAGCCCAGCCAGAAUAACUGGCUCCUCACCACUUACAUUGACCGGCGAGCAGCGCAACGCAUCUACGUGGAGAUCCGCUUCACCGUGCGCGACUGUGCCUCCAUACCGAGCGUCCUGGGCUCCUGCAAGGAGACGUUCAACCUUUACUACCUAGAGACCGAUCGAACCGUGUCAGAAGGCAUCAAAGGGGUGGAGUACUGGGCCAAUGCUCCUUUUCUAAAGGUGGACACCAUUGCAGCAGAUGAGAGCUUCUCCCAGGUGGAUUUUGGGGGCAGGCUAAUGAAGGUGAACACAGAAGUUAGAAGUUUUGGGCCACUGUCCAAAGGCAGGGGCUUCCACUUGGCCUUCCAAGAUCUGGGUGCUUGCAUGUCCCUUCUGGCUGUCAGAGUAUUCUACAAGAAGUGCCCCAGUGUUGUGCAGAACUUUGCGUUCUUCCCGGAGACACUGACUGGAGCAGAGUCCACCUCAUUAGUCAUCGCCAGAGGAAGCUGCAUCCCAAAUGCCGAGGAAGUAGAUGUGCCCAUAAAGCUCUACUGUAACGGAGAUGGAGAGUGGAUGGUACCAAUCGGCAGCUGCAGCUGCAAGGCGGGUUAUGAGCCAGACAAUGGCAAUGUGUGUCGAGCUUGCCCUCAGGGCACCUUUAAGUCGUUCCAGGGGGCAGGAUUAUGCCAGCAAUGUCCGCUCAACAGUCGCUCCACCAUUGAAGCUGCCACCCUCUGUGGCUGUCGGAAUGGCUAUUACCGUGGAGACAUGGACAGACCAGAGGACGUGUGCACCAGUGUCCCUUCAGCUCCUCGCAACGUGGUCUCAGUGGUCAACCAGACGUCAGUGCUGCUGGAGUGGCACCCACCACGUGACACGGGCCACCGUGAAGACUUGUCGUACAACGUCUUGUGCCGCCGGUGCCACAGCAGCGAGCGACGGGCGUGCCAGCCGUGCGACGACAGCGUGGUGUUUGUUCCCGGCAAGCGGGCGUUAAAGGACACAAGUGUUGAGAUCAGCAAGCUGCGGGCCCACACGUCCUACACCUUCGAGAUACAGUCGGUCAACGGAGUCACCAACAAGAGCCCCUACCCCGCCCAGCAGCUGUCCAUCAACAUUACAACCAAUCAGGCUGCUCCCUCAGUAGUUCCCAUAAUGCACCAAGUGAGCUCAACGAGCCGUAGUUUCUCGUUGUCAUGGCCACCGCCCGAACAGCCCAAUGGAAUUAUCCUCGACUAUGAGAUACGAUACUAUGACAAGGCCCAGUCAUCAGUGCUGAACAGUUCGAUGAUCCAGAGCGAGACGCCUAAUGUGGUUCUGGAGGGUCUGAGGCCUGGGACCGGCUAUGUGGUCCAGGUGAGGGCCCGCACUGUGGCCGGCUAUGGAGCCUACAGCAAGGAGAUGCUCUUCCAAACUCUCACUGACGAUGAGUAUAAGUCAGAGCUUGGACAGCAGCUCUCCCUGAUCGCAGGAUCUUUAGUAGGUGGAGUGUGUAUCGUCUCAUUGGUGGCUAUUGCCAUCAUCUGUACCAGAAGGAGGCAGCUGAAGGAGAGUGUGUACGGUGACAAGCUGCAGCAGUACAACACAGGAGGAGAGGUGACUCUGAGGCCAGACAUGUUCAGUGGUCCCACCCCCACUGUGACCUUUCCCACCCUGUCUGAGGGUCACAGUUCACCUGGGGUCAAGAUCUACAUCGACCCCUUCACUUACGAGGACCCCAAUGAGGCUGUUCGCGAGUUUGCCAAAGAGAUCGACCCCUCCUGUGUCAAAAUAGAGGAAGUCAUUGGGUCAGGUGAGUUUGGAGAAGUGUACAAAGGUCGCCUGAAACCUGUCGGGAAAAAGGAAAUCCCUGUGGCCAUCAAGACCCUGAAGGUGGGCUACUCUGAGAGGCAGAGGAGGGACUUUCUGUCUGAGGCGUCAAUCAUGGGCCAGUUUGACCAACCGAACAUCAUCAGACUGGAGGGCGUGGUCACCAAGAGCAGACCAACAAUGAUCAUCACAGAGUUCAUGGAAAAUGGAGCGCUGGACUCAUUUCUCAGGCAAAACGAUGGACAGUUCCCAGUGAUCCAGCUGGUUGGUAUGCUGAGGGGCAUCGCAUCUGGAAUGAGGUACCUGGCGGAGAUGAGUUAUGUUCACCGGGACCUGGCAGCUCGAAACAUCUUGGUUAACAGUAACUUGGUGUGUAAGGUGUCUGACUUCGGCUUAUCCCGGUAUCUGGAGGAGGACACCUCUGAUCCCACCUACACCAGCUCACUGGGAGGUAAAAUCCCAGUGCGGUGGACGGCACCGGAGGCGAUCGCCUACAGGAAAUUCACGUCAGCUUCAGAUGUCUGGAGUUAUGGGAUCGUCACCUGGGAGGUGAUGUCAUACGGAGAGAGACCUUACUGGGACAUGAGCAACCAAGAUGUGAUAAAUGCCAUAGAGCAGGAUUUCAGGCUGCCAGCUCCCAUGGACUGUCCAGUAGUGCUGCACCAACUCAUGCUGGACUGCUGGCAGAAAGACAGGAAUGCACGGCCAAAGUUCCCCGAUAUUGUCAGCAUGUUGGAUAAAAUGAUACGCAACCCUGCAUCUCUCAAAGCCGGCACCAACAACCUGCCCCCUGGUCCUUCCCAUCACCCCUUGUUAGACCGUGGAGCUCCAGACCUGAGCAGGGUGAGUUCAGUGGAGGACUGGCUGGCUGCACUCAAGAUGACCCAGUACAGAGACUCCUUCCUGGGCUCAGGCUUCACCUCUUUGCCGCUCGUCACACAAAUCACAGCCGAAGAUCUGCAGAGGAUUGGAGUGUCUCUUGCUGGACACCAGAAGAAAAUCCUGACGAGCGUGCAGUCAAUGAGGCACCAGGUCGAUGACCAGUCCCCUACUGAGUCUGUGUAG